UUUCCGAAAAGUGACGUCAGUAUUUUCUGCGGAGACAGCUGAUGCGAGGAGCUGCUGUUCGUUACCCAGGCUGCUCUUCAAUAUAUGUCGACCAACAUAUAAUUAGACGUACAUCUCGUUAACAGACGGUUUAGAAAUAUGUUGUACACGGAGAGGAUACCGCUGUUAGUGCUGCUGAUGCAGGCUGUGCUCGCCGUGGCCUGGUGCUUCACGGACAUGGAGACGGGGCCUAGCUCAGGUGUAGCGACACAGACCAACGGAGAUCGCUUCAAAAUCGAGGGAAGGGCGAUAGUUCCCGGGAUUAAAACGCAAGACUGGGUUUCUACAGCCAGAGUCUUGGUGGAAGGUGAAGAAUAUGUCGGCUUUUUGAGAACUGAUGGGAGUUUUGCUGUGAAUGACGUCCCCUCAGGAUCUUACGUUGUGGAAGUUGUCACCCCUGCAUAUAGAUUUGAACCAGUGCGUGUUGAUAUCACAUCUAAAGGGAAGAUGAGGGCACGUCUUGUGAACUAUAUCAAGACCUCAGAAGUGAUCCGCCAGCCAUAUCCUCUGCAGAUUAGGUCCUCUGGCCCUCACAGCUACUUCAUGAAGAGGGAGACGUGGGGCUGGACAGACUUCCUCAUGAAUCCCAUGGUGAUGAUGAUGGUUCUACCCCUGCUGAUUAUUGUCCUGCUGCCCAAGGUGGUCAACACCAACGACCCAGAGAUGAGAAAGGAAAUGGAGCAGUCCAUGAACAUGCUGAACCCCAACCCUGAGCUGCCAGAUGUCUCUGAGUUCAUGACCAAGCUCUUCUCUGGCUCUAAGGGCUCUGGUAAGCCAGGCGGCAGCAGUAAAGGUACCAGGCCUGCAGUCAAGAGGAGGUAGUACCACAUGUGUCCGCAUGUACUGCCUGAAGCACGGGUCAUGCCAUGGAAGCAAGAUUUUUAAUGGGAUUGUUUUUUUUUUUUUGUUUUUUUUCUCCUUUGGGUCUGUUGUACAGUUUCUUUUCUGAGAGGGUUCUCACCUCUCGUGUUUUUUUUUUUUUCGGUACAUCUGGAUAUCUAAAGCAGGAUUGGAAUGACUGAGCAAAAUUAAGUUUUUUUUUUUUUUUUUUUGUUUUUUGUUUUUUUGCACUGCACUGUUUAAAUCUCCUUAAAUUUAAUUCAGGAUAUUAUUCUUCAUUAGUGUAUACUUUCUACUUGUCACUCCAUUAUUCAACAUUAAUCUGUCUGAGCUAACCCUUCAGUCUGCAUUUUCCACUGCUGCUAAUUCAGUUCUAAUUCCAAUACCUGAAAGAGAACAUAUAUAAAUAUUCAGAGAUUUUCUUGAGGUGAUUAAUACGACUGUGAAUGAAGAUUGAUUGAAUUUUAACUCUGACAAAUUCUUAUUUAAAAGCCUAGAUAAAUAAAUUGCAAUGGUAUAACAA